UCCUCAGUCUGAGUGCUUUCAGCCGCUUUUUUAUUGCUUUCGCCUCUGCCUCGGCCGGACGACUAUGUGCUACGCCUGCAAACCGACCUUGCCACCGCUCAGCAUGCCCCAAAUCUCCAGGACCGCGCCUACGGGGCCCCAAUACUUCACUUUUGAUCCUCUCCCGGAGGACGAGAAGAAUCCUGCCCAUCGGAGCCACACCAAGGCCAGCAAGCCCAAGAGACGUUCCCGGAAAGUCCUCUACCCUCCAGUGGUGAAGCGUUACUAUCCCACUGAGGAGCGCAGCUACGCUAAGACCCUCCUCUUCAUCCUCCUCACCAUUGUCUUCUUCCAAAUCUAUAAUGCAGAAGACGACCUCCUCCUUGCUGGAGCCACACUGGAAGACAACGCAUCAGGUUGCUCUCUGCAGGGCUGGGAAUCUCUGAUCCCGCCUGUCCCUUUGGAACAGCCCGUAAUCGCAGAGCAACCCGUUGUAUCAACACCCUCCUUGGAAAUCGCCACGGUGGCCAAUGUUUCUGAGUGGUCCUGGGGAGAGGACAGAUCUUCGGAAUCUGCUCUUGACAUCACCCAUUUUUUGCAGCAGAAUCCAGCUGCUUUCUGAAGAUCGAACGAUCUCCCCCUCUCGCUGGAGGGAGAAACGGAACAAGGGACUAAACUGGGAAGUCAGGAGGAGGGAUUGCAUUGCUCGUGGGCCUUUAGAAAAAAGUCUCUUUGUAAAGCAGAAGUAAAGAUGCAGAAAGGGACACAAAGGAGGUUUGGAGCUCAGCUUGUGCGUUCCUGCCUGGAGCUUGCCAAGCAAGGCUGACGUCAUAGAAACUUGAACUCAACUGACAUGGCAUUAUGCAACAGGAAGGGGACAUUCCUUGCUGCUGCAAUUGAAGGAGGGGGAAAGGGGAUAUUUAAUAUUUAUUAUUAAUAAUAAUAAUAAUAAUAAUAUCUAUGUAAUUUAAACUGACUUUUAUUUAUGUGUAAAACUGGGAGGUAGGAUGGGGAAUUGCUGCUCUUGUGCUGCACUGUGCAUUUGGAAAGAAUUCUUAAGUUUUAUGUUUCUCUAGCAAGGUAGAAUUAACGCUAUAGUUCUGUGGGUCGUAGAUCUCUGAUAGGAAGAAAGCUAGAUUUUGGAAAUCAAGAAUCUUUUUAUGAUUUGUACUUAGGCGAAGGAGCAAGGUUUUUAGUGAAGAUUGAAUUAUGAUCGGAAUUUUGCAAAUAGUGUUGUGAUACUUCAAUAAUGGGGGGAAAGUUGUGUGACAGAAAAAAAAUAGAAAAA